CGGUGCAAAGAUUCCACUCACUAAUUGAAGUCGUUUGACGAAAUGGAGGUCAUAGAAACGAUCGUGAUACAAAACGCGGAAGUUGAAGAAAAAGAAACCGUCGUGUCCAGUGUCGAAGCCGAUAGUAAAAGCAAAGGAGAAUUUAUUUGGACACUACAGGCUACAUGGCACCUCGUCAACAUCCGCCUGGAAAUGGACCCUGACUUUGACCAGCCAGUGUGCAAAAAAAAGAAACUGUGGGAGAUGGUGGCGGAGAAGGUUAAUGCCAAAAUGAGAGAGUCAGAGGCUGUGGGUGUCUUGGUGAAAGCCUAUGAGUGCGAUCUCAAGUGGAGAAACAUGCUGGCCACGUACAGGAAGAACACAGAACGGGCCAAAAGGCAUGGGGCAACAAGUAUUCACUGGGAGUUCUUCAAGCCCAUGCAUGAUGUCCUAGGUAAGACCAGGGAGGACAUCGAAGCCCAGCGUAGAGCUAAGCUCAGUGGAACUAAAGUGGGCAGGGCCAUAGCAAGCAAAAGGUUUAUGCCCAUCCUCCCUACGCCACCUGUAACAGUGGCACCCUGCCCUGUCCGACCUCCACAGGAUGUCCUGCAGCUUUAUAUGGAGUUACAGGAGCGAAAGCUGAACAUGUGGGCACAGCAGAAAGCCUUGGAGGAGAGAAAGAUAGAGGCCAUCAACAACCUGGCCCAGGCCAUCUCCAACUUGGCCCAGAAGAACAACACACCGACGUCAAAGGAGGGAAAUUAGGCCAGAAGAUAACUAGUUCAGUUUGUUUUUUGUUUAACUAAAACAAAUGGGUCACGUACUGCAUAAAUGUAUAUAGAUACGCACAUGUAUGUAUGGACACACACACGUCUUCAGAAUGACAAGCAUAACAUAGCCCUAAACCUGAUGGGUUUAACAUUUUUCUUGAAUGUCUAAUUAUCAUUAAAAUAUAUUUAUCAGUCAUAGACUGAUUAUGACAUCAUGAUGAGGGCCAGCAUAGUAAUCACAACCCUUAUUUUGGUCAAUUUUGAUUUGUACAUAUUUACAGAGAAUCAUGAUUAAAA